CAUGUGCUGCCAGGUUCCGAAGCGUGAGCGUCAUGGUGUGAGAGAGAAAUGGGGGCCAGGGUGACUCGUGCCUUCCGGAACUUCAACCUGGAUAAUCGCGCCGAGAGGGAGAUCAGCAGGGCGAAGCCGUCAGCUGCCCCCAUGCACCCAACUAGCAAGACACUGAUCUUGGAGGAAGUCAGCCGCCAUCCAGAAUUGGAAGAAAUAGUUAAAAGAAAAGAUGACAAGCUGCUCACAUUGUUAAAAGAAGUAUAUGUUGACUCCAAAGAUCCUGUUCCACAAUUGCAGGUGAAAAAUGCCAGUAUACCUCACUCAACGGAGCUCAGACUUCUCAAAGGCAAUCAUUUUAAUCUCAUGACUUCCCAGAACAUUCCCAAAGGCAAAAUUUCUGUGGUGGAGGCUCUCACACUACUUAAUAAUCAUAAACGUUCUCCUGAAACAUGGACUGCAGAGAAAAUAGCCCAGGAAUAUUAUCUAGAACUGAAAGAUGUCAACUCCCUUCUUAGAUUUUUCAUUACUUUUGAUGUGAAGAUCUUCCCUGACAAAAACAGAAGGAAAGCUAUAUCCUUCAAAUGAAAGAAGCCAUCAAACACUUUUCCCUAUGUAUGCCCUUGUCUUAUUCUUCACCUCCUGAAUGAUUUAAUUAUGUUGUCAUUUGGCCAAGUGAUUAUAUAGCUCCCUUUUUGUGACUGAAAACUUUUUUUUUAAUUUAAUGAGCAGCUAAUUGUGUCAGACUGCUUGGCUGAGCAGGAAAUGUUUUGACAG